AUCCCACAUGGUCGGCUGUUGAUGUACAAGAAGCAUGCCUACUGUAACUCUAGAAUCGCAGAAAAACGGCACCAUGAAUAAAGCUAAAGUAAAGAGUGCGAAGAAAAGAGUUGCUGAAGAGGACAAUGACCAGCUUCCCAUAUUUGACAAAGAUGUCACUGAGAAGGCUGGGGAAGAAGGAGAUGAGGACCUCUCAGAUAGCGAGGAGAGUGUGUUCUCAGGACUGGAGGACUCUGGGAGUGACAUUGAUGAAGAAGAAGAGGAUGAUGGGGAUGACGAAGAGGAGGAUGAGGAUGAUGCUGCUCUCAUACUAGAUGAAAAUCUGAAGAAUAGCAGUGGUGCUGAAACAUCUGCUGAACCAGCUGAGCCUAAGCAGCAAGGCAAAAAAACUGCAUCAAAGGAGACGAGGAAGAUGAAGAAAGGCAAGGGAGGCGCCAUUGAUGGCAGAGGAGAGAAGGGACUGACCACCACCUUCCAGGGAUUGGCCACCGCCCAGCAGGGGGACGAGUAUGAACACGACACCUCCGAUGAAGAGGACAUUCGUAACACGGUGGGCAACGUUCCCAUGGAGUGGUACCAGGACUACCCUCACAUCGGGUAUAACCUGGACGGGAAGAAGAUCUUUAAGCCCAUCAGAAGCAAAGACGAGCUGGAUGAGUUCCUGGACAAGAUGGAGAACCCAGACUACUGGCGUACGGUUCAUGACAAGACGACAGCCUCAGACAUUCGUCUGACAGACGAGCAGGUGGACCUGGUACACCGCCUCCAGAAGGGUCAAUUUGGCGACGUCAACUUCAACGAGUACGAGUCGUCAGUGGACUUCUUCACGAACGAGGUCAUGAUUCAUCCGGUGACUAACAGGCCCCAGGACAAACGGAGCUUCAUCCCCUCACUCAUAGAGAAGGAGAAGGUUUCGAAGCUGGUCCAUGCCAUAAAGAUGGGUUGGAUCAAGCCCCGUAAGCCCAAAGAGCGCACCCCUCAGUACUACGACCUGUGGGCCAAGGAGGACCCCAACGCCAUCCUGGGGCGCCACAAGAUGCACGUCCCCGCCCCCAAGAUGAGGCUGCCCGGACACGAGGAGUCCUACAACCCUCCGCCUGAGUACCUUCUCACAGAGGAAGAGAGACUGGCGUGGGAGCAGCAGGAUGCAGAAGACAGGAAGCUCCCGUUCCUCCCCCAGAAACACUCCUGUCUGAGGGCCGUGCCCGCUUUCUCCCGUUUCAUCCACGAGCGCUUCGAACGCUGCCUUGACCUUUACCUGUGUCCCCGCCAGCGCAAGAUGAGGGUGAAUGUGAAUCCAGAAGAUCUGAUCCCCAAGCUGCCCAAACCCAAGGACCUGCAGCCCUUCCCCACCACCAUGUCCCUGGUGUACCGUGGCCACACCAGUCUGGUGCGCUCCAUCAGUGCGUCUCCCACCGGCCAGUGGCUGGUCUCAGGCUCAGACGAUUUCACUGUGCGCUUCUGGGAGGUCAACACGGGGCGCUGCAUGAAGACUCUGGAGGUGGGCGGAGCUGUGAAGAGCGUGGCGUGGAACCCCAACCCAGCCGUCUGCCUGGUGGCCGUGUGCUUGUAAGUCUCCUCCUCAUACAGU